AUGCCUCAUAGGAUCGACACACCCCCCCUCCCCCCGCCUCCCCCUUCCUCUUCUUCCCCCCAGGCCCCCAGGUCCCCCAUAGAGGAUGAUUAUUUCGACAUACACCGCUAUUACUACGAAUUGGACCGUUACUACGUAUUCGCAGAUGACUCGGAUUACAAUUACUCCGAAUCCGACGAUUCCGAAUACGACGGCCCCGAACAGCCAGAUGAUGAAGGCGCAGAUGACGAAACGUAUGAGGUACCACGCAAUUUCAGCAUCAGAUUAUGGGUAGAAGACCUGUCGCAAUUUACCAAUGUGAGAGCCCAGGUGGAUUCACUGUUCUUUCCAACCAGUAUCCAAGUCCAAAAAUAUCUAAACUAUGAUUCCCUCUUUUCCGUCGUGUUAACAUGGGAUGAUGUUGAAUAUGAUGGUCAACCACUUGAUCCCUUUGUCGCUGAGGAGCAGAUUCUUGAACACCAUUCGGGUAGAAUUAGAUUUACUGAGUGA